GCGAUGCUGCAACAGCAUCAAUGUUUAGAGCAAUCCGCAGGCUUGUCAUGUCUGAGACGAUAAACGUUGAAGACUACAAUAUCGUUAAAGAAGGCAAAGCUGAAAUUCUUGCUCCUAAAGAAGAUAAAGUUUUCUACAACCACAUCCAGCAAUUCAAUCGUGAUUUAUCAGUGUUGGCCAUCAACGCUUAUUCCGAACUUAGAAAUGAAAAACAAGCUUCCAAACAAGGAGCCAAGAAACGUAAAUUAGACGGCAUAUCUAUAUUAGAAGCACUUAGUGCUACGGGAUUACGUGCAAUUCGAUAUGGUCAUGAAAUACCUCUGGCAUCUAAGAUUGUUGCCAAUGAUUUGCUUCCAGAAGCUGUCAAAUCAAUUAAUAGAAAUAUUGAAUAUAACAAGUUGACCGAUAAAGUUAGAGCCAACCAUGGAGAUGCAAUCAAGUACAUGGCUUCAACGAAUGAGAAGUUUCAUGUGGUAGAUUUAGAUCCUUAUGGAACUGCCGCUCCAUUCAUUGAUGGAGCUAUUCAGUGUAUACAUGAAGAUGGACUUUUAUUAGUUACAUGUACUGAUGCCGGAGUUCUUGCUGGUUCCGGUUACCCUGAGAAAUGUUUUGCAUUAUAUGGAGGAAACAAUUUUGGAAGUGCUUAUAUUAACAGUGAAUGUAAUCAUGAAGCAGGAAUCAGAUUGAUUUUAAAUCUGAUUGCUAAUACUGCUGCCAAAUAUAAGAAAACAAUUGAGCCAUUGUUAUGUUUAUCUAUUGAUUAUUAUUUCAGAUUGUUUAUUCGAGUCAAGACAAGUCCAAUAAAUGUCAAGAACCAUGCUCUGAAAACAGUAUUAGCAUAUGGGUGUAAUGGAUGUGGUCACAAAUUAAUCCAACCUUUAGGUGCACACAAAAAAGGGAAAUAUCUGUACCCUAAGGUUAGUCCAGGAGUUGCUUCUCAGUGUGAAUAUUGUGGUGAUUCGUUUAACUUAGCUGGUCCAAUGUAUGGAUCUAGUUUACAAAACCACGAUUUCAUUGAUAAAGUCCUUGCUCUUAAUUCUGCAGCUGAUACUUCGGUAUACGGAACUUGUGAACGUAUAAAAGGAAUGUUGACCUUGGCUAAGAAAGAAUUAGACUUACCAUUUUACUUUAAUUUGAAUCAUUUAUCAUCUAUGUUUAAGUCACUGCCUAUCUCGAUCGAUGAGUUUGUCAAGGCAUUAGGAUCAUUGGGCUAUCAAGUAAGUUUGACCCAUGCAAAGAGGAAUUGUAUAAAGACAGAUGCCCCUUGGGAUGUUAUUCUUCAAAUUAACAAAACUUGGAUGGUUGAACAAAACAAAAAGUAUUUAGAAACACAGUCCAAGAAAGAAGAACUGGAACUUAAUAAUAAGACAAAGGAAAAGAUCAAUCGAUUAAAAGAAGAUAUAGCCUAUAAUGCCAAUUUGAGUGAAAACUCCCCUGGGGCAAAGAUCCUAUCUAAACUUCGUGACACUAACUUAGAAGUUGACUUUCACACUGAAAAUGACAUCAGUCUUGAAAUUGCAAAAUUGAGGAAAGUUAAAAUGGUUAGAUUUCAAGAGAAUCCUACCAAGGACUGGGGGCCUAAAGCGCGUCCUUCCAAAAAGUAAACAACCCUUUAGCGAUUCUAUCCGAAUGACAUUUCCAGCAGACGGCAUCUUCUCUGGUUGUUCGGUUAAAUAGUCUAAUCUAUAUACUUUGAUUGCGCAAAAUAGCAACCAAAAAAGAAACAGACCGUUAAGAAAAACCCUAAACUCAAGUACUGUAUACAAGUAUGCCGGAGGGAUGUAGUUCCUAAAAUCGGAACGCCCCCGAAAACAAAUAGAUGAAAAACAAAAAUUUUUUUUUCUUCUUCCAAAAAUGUGUGGGAAGAAAAUCUACG